AGUAUUAAUGUUUUUAUUGCUUCUCUUAGCAUUUGUCCAUCCAAUUCCAAUUUCAGAUCAAAUUUAACCUACCUUCCUCAAUAAUCUUGACAUAUAAGAUGCCAGUAAACCUAUUCAAACCAAGUAAGUAUUCUUAUUAGAAAUUGCGGAUUUUUUUUAAGGAACACCUUUCUAUAAUUUUCUAGGUUAUUUUAUAUUUCUUAUUUAUUUAGACUUAGAAAAUAAGGACAAUUAAACCAAAAGAAUAGUAAUUGCCACUGUUUUGUCAAUUUUUCUGAUAGUCGUUUUGUGCGUGAUUAUCUAAUUCAUAUUGGAUAUAGCCAAACAAUCCAACAUUUAAUUAAGUAUUGAAAAGAAGUCAAACUUGUCUGAUUGA